CGGAGUAAACACAACCAAGCCAAAGACGAACACGAACCCGAACCUCAUCGAACCCAUCGAACCCAUCACCACCUUCAUACAAAUACCAAUCAUCGGGAAUGCGAACAUUUUUGAUCGGGUGUCGAACCAAAUUCGCUCCGCAGCAGGUAAACAGUUGGUCUGCGGCGAGCUUUGGGCUUUACUUUGAUAAGAACAAUAACGCGAUACGGGCGUUUACGGCAUUCCCUUGAGUCAUUUUCCAACGCUUCACACACCCAGAAACUACCACUGACAAUAUGGAGAAAGUGUAUCCGGCUGCACCCUUGGAGGCGCCCAAGGGCUCUGGAGAUGUCGAGGCCACCUCUGCCUCGCCGGAGCAUCAGCACCUGCUGUCGCCACCUGCACCGCCGAGCUACGAUCAGGCCACAGCCACACCGGCAGAAACCACCGGACCGGGAGAGGGAUCUACUCCAGCAACCACCACCACCCACCACACAGUGGUGGUGGUGCCCAGUUCACCCUACGGCCCGGAACCCAUGGAUAUCCAGUGUCCGUAUUGCCACAACCAUGUCCGGACCCGGAUCUCCUACAAGCCCAACUCGCGCACCCAUCUGAUAGCCUUGCUUUUGUGCCUCUUCCAGUUGUACUGCUGCGUGUGCCUUCCAUACUGCAUUUCCAGUUGCAUGAACACGAAUCACUACUGUGGCAUGUGCGAUCAUUACCUGGGCACAUACGAUCGCAAGUGAGGAGGGUUUCGGCAUCGUCUCGUCGCUCCAUUCAUGUUUACACAUUUUCUUGUAAUUAGUUAAUAAAUGGCCGGCAAACAAGCAUAUUGCACAGGCAUCAGCUCCA